AUGCAAAAAGCAAUCAAAGAUACGGAAACUGGCAUCAGUAUUCGAGCAGCCGCCCGCAAACGAAAAGUACCAGAGUCGACUCUUCGGGGGCGAUUACAUGGUGCCGGCACACUGAGGGAGAGCAGGUCUCAGUUACAGAGGCUGUCACCUGACCAAGAACAACAUCUCGCCAACUGGGCACUCGCCCAAGGCUCUCUCGGCCUGGCACCGACCAACACUGAACUCAAGGAACUUGCCCAGCGAGUUCUAGCGGUCGCUGGCGAGUUUGAGCCACUUGGGAGGAAUUGGAUGGAUGGAUUUUUGAGGCGGAACCCAUCACUGAGGACUGUGAGAGGCAAGUUCAUUGGGUCGCAGCUUGUUGAAGCUGUCGCAACCUAG